AUGCCAAAUGUGCCAAUAUCGACGUUGCAGAUAACUAAAUUAUUGCAGAAUGAGAAUAGACAAACGAGUAUUAUAACGCCGCUGGGUAAUACGCUACUGGAAAUACAAGGAGAUCUUGAAUUGCCACAUGUCGUGAACGAUACAGACGAUAGAUUCGAUAGAUACAAGGAUAAUGAUACUGUAAGGUUUGGUUUACUGUCAAUCGAUGACGAAAAGAAGACUGCUACUCUGUUUAUUGGUAAGAAACAAAGAUUAUUGGGAAAUAUAGUGGCUUUGGAUCCGCCUCUAGGUAUACUACAAUUCCAUCAUGAGGAGCAAAAGGUUGAAAUGGUGGACAUCAUCGAAUAUAAGAUUUAUUUCAAAGAUAGACCGUUGCCUAUCAUGUGA